UCAGUGGGCAAACACCAACCCCAGCCUGGAACAAACACCGUCAAAUAAGGCCGACAUCCGGACGGGGUCCCAAGAGACUUGCUGCUAUGCUUCCAAUCGACAGAGUAAGCAGCUUGUACAGGCGGCUGUUUGUGAAUCACCAAUUCAAAACUUUGAAGGUGCAGAUCUCUCCUUCUAUAACGACAUGACUAGAUCCACUAUGGUCUG